AUGUCGAAGCGAACAGUCUUCACGACCGUCACUCCCCUCCCCUACGGCCUCACUCGCGAGGCAGCAGUCGCCUUCCUGCACGACCACCUCCAGAUGAUCGACCUCAACCCCCUCGUCAGGGACCGCCACCGAAUCCCUCCGCCUCCCCACGCACCCGACGAAGAACUCGGCUGCGUGUGGUACUCCCUCACCGACAGGGUGUCGUAUCUGCCCGGCGGCCUCGCCUCCAGCGACGUCACCUACACGGCGGCAUUCCACGACCUGUCGCGCGGCAUCCAGACGCACUGCUACGCGCCCAUGGGCGUCGAGACCCGCUCCAAGUGGUCCAUCGGGGGGUCGAUGCCCGGCGAGCCCCUGGAGCCCGUGGAGCUGGGACUCGGAGCCCCGACGACGGGCCUGUACCUGAGGGAGGACGUGGACCUGCGGUGCAACGUCUUCAUGACGAGCUUCGUCAAGAAGACCAUCAAGAGGAGCCACUCCGGCCUGGUGGACCGCCUACACGACCUCGCCAAGAGCCAGACCAGCAGCGGUGGCCCGGCGGCGGCGCUGCAGCAGCGGCGAGACGUGCAAAUCGCAGCGCCCGGCGUCUCUUGGCAGCGCGGCCAUCGCGUCCCGGGGCAGGGCACGAACGCGAGCAGUCCGACCCUGGCCAUCGGUGCGAACCAGUUCGACGACCGGCCGUUGCCGCCCACCCCGCCUGCCGAGCCGUACGAUGCGAAGCCGCCGCCCUCGUUUGAUCCCCUCGGGCAACACGGAGCACAAGCUGCCGGGCUCGAGUAG